AUGCAUCACCUCCGUGAUUCUCUGCUGGGCUCUCUGCCUAGGGGCACCCCUUCUGUCACAACGGGCGACCAUGCUCGUAGUGACCAGGAAAGUACACGCCAGUCUAUCGCUCGGGGUGAAUUCAAAAAAAUUCGAGAAGCGGCCUUCAGUAACCGGACUUGGGUCGUUACCAGCCGAUACUGCGAUAUUGGAGAUGGAGUCGAUUCCCUCGAAGGCCACAUUCAUUCGCUAUGGUAUAUGUACUACGAGCUUGGCCGAAACAUCUCCUCCGAAUCACCUGAACAUGAGGGUAUAGUCCUCGAUAUCCUCCGCAUUCAAGGAAUGGGGCCGUUGACUAGACCUGUACGAGGAGUCUCUGGAAUUGAUAUUGCAAGAACCGUCGACGGUACACUUUGGAAUGAUUUACCCUUCUUGGCUGGCGAUAUGACCGAUUUAUGGGUCAAUAAUAGUGCUUCUAUGUCGGGAACACACCGUCUCAACCUUGCAAUAUUCCUAGCCAAACUUGCAUCUGCUCGUGUCGCUAGAGAUAGGCUGUGCCGAAUUGCUCUUCUGAUCUUCCGUAAUGUCUUUGAAAGCUGUCAAGAACUUCACACUGGGAAAGAGUCAGACGAGGAAGACCCCAACCGAGGUAUCAAGCAGCUUGAGGUUUUUCAUCUGUUACCAGCUGCUAUUUCUUGGCUGAAAAUAGCAAGCCACAAUCUCCUUUUAUUGUCAGAGGUGUAUUGGAACGACUACCCUAGCGUUAUUAGCAAGGGUGGCGAGGAGUUCCUUGAAUCAGAGCUCGGACAGCGAUCUCCUGCUGGAUUCUCGCCAUGGAGAUACAUGUUUUGGCUGAAGCGACUCCAUAUAAUUCAGGAAGAAGCCAAGGAGGCCAAUGAGAAAACCCUAGAGGAGCUUGCUGCUGAUGGAAUCGAGUACAUGGUCAAUACAAUCAAAGACAGAAAUUCUGAGGUCCUCAGGGCUUAUCAAAAUGGGGGCGAUGUCCUGCAUCAGGAUAAGCAUCUUUCGUGCUUGAAGCCCCUUUCAGGCGUUAAGGAGUCAGAGUCGUAA